AUGCCGGCGGCAACGCGUCCGACGCGCAAGAGAGCGAAGCCAAACCCGCCACCUUCACCAUCCGCAGACUCGAUCGUCACGCCCACCCCGCCUCCUUACGCUCACGACGAUGACGACGAUGCCGACUUCGAUCCAAAAACCACGUCUCCUCCUCCACACACGCCUGUUUCAGGCCCGUCCAAGCCGACUCGGGCGCCACGCAGCGCUCCGCGCAAAUCUCGCGCGCUCGACGAUGACCCUCCUCGCCUUAGCAAAGGCAAAGCCCGCGCAACAGACGAAGACGAUUCGUUCUGGGGCAAGUCCUCGGAUCUCGAGCUCUUCACCCGUACCGGACCGCUUUCGGCACUCGACCGUAUCGGUAUGAAGACGACCAAGUCGAGGUCCCUCCGGCCUUUGUGGUUGCAGGGUGUCUACCAGCCGCCGUUUUUCGGCAUCCCCACAGCGGAGAUCACGCACGAGGUGGUCGAUGAAGACGAGGGUCAGCCUGAAGGACUGGAGGCUGCGCCGUGGCCGAAGGAUGGGUUGACACGGACGUGGUUGAGUGAAGGAGCGUAUGAUCGGUGCAAGGUGCAGCUGAUCAAGUGGUGGUGUUCCCAAGUGGGGUGGGUUCCGCACGAGGGAGUGUACGAUCGGGCUUGGUGGCCUGGCAAAGCGUGGGGCUGGGCGGAGAAUGUGCGUCGAACAGAGUGGGCGAGGGGUGCAAGACAGGGCGACGGGACGACUGCGCAAGCGGGCAAACCAGGCUGGCCGUUCAUUCAGCCCUGGCUCGAUCCCCACUUUACGCUACUCUCCCCAGCGGAAGCCCAACCGUACCUGCACGACAACACUCCCCAACGUACCACCCUACGUCACCCGACAACAGUGAUGAAGCUCACCGUCCCCGAGCUGAGCAUGCGCAACCGGCUCAAGCGGAGCGUCGUACCCAACCCGCCUAAGACGCCGAAGAAAGCGCGCACCGGCGAAGACGGGGACGAUGACGAUGCCGCUUCGGGCGACGACGAUGGAACGGCACCUCCCGAGAGCAAUCAAGAGCCGAUCGACCCGACUAAUUCCAAGUUCGCCAAUAUCGCCAAUCUAGGGUUUGAGGAGAAGGGACCGAUCUGCGGCGACGUGCUGCACGUAUCAGUCGGCCCACCGGAUCAGGAAACGCCGGUGCAGAUCGCGAAAGGCACCUCGAGGCGGUUGGACACCCUAGGCGUGGCGAAUGAUGAAGGGCACAUCCUCAACGUGGGCGGUCACGUGUACGCGCUCGAUUGGGUGCCUGUUCCCGUCCACCUAAACACGGGAAAAGAAUACUUUGUGGUGUCAGCAGCGACGUCCACGGCGCCAGUGACGAUGAUCGGGGAGAAGCAGGCGGCCGCACCGGGGAGCUUGCAGAUCUGGAGUGUCGCACCUGACGGGAAGGACAAGGGGAAGGCGAAGCUCGAGAUGAUCGUCUGCCACGAGGCGGGAGCCGCGUUCAAGCUUGCCUGGUGUCCUGCGGGGCACGACUAUGCUGCUGACGAGUCGCGCAGACUGGGUAUCUUGGCGGGAUGUUUUGCAGAUGGCUCCGUGAGCAUCUUCUCCGUCCCGCACCCCGACGUUGCACGAUCGCUUACGAAGGACGAACCGAUCCACAUCCGCCUCGAACCUAUCCUCCGGCUGGAGCAUCCCACGCAAGCAGCGACGAGCCUCGCCUGGGCGGGUGGGGAGCAGCUUGCCUUUGGCGGCUCUGCCGGUUGGCUGGGGGUCUACUCCCUCGGCUCCAUCCUUCGCUCCCCCACCGCACCCACCGUCACCCCUGCACCAUCCUACGUCGUCCGCGCGCACCGGUCGGCAAUCACCGAUCUAACGUUCGUCCUCCUCCCCCCGCUCACCGCCUCUGGCCAAACCCUCCCCUCUGCCCCACCUACAACCCUCUUCUCCGUCUCGCUAGACGGGUGGACCGCUCACACGGACCUCUCCCGAUGCACCUCGACCUCGAUCGAACGCAGUCGCACCGUGCACUACGCAUGCGCCUUCUCGCCCUUUUCCGGUGGCACGCUGGUGCACGAACACGCCGACGGGUCGGUUGCGCACUACUCGCUCCGACCUGAAGAGAUGUUGAGGUCGAGACAGAUUUCGCAUACGCCAUCGAGGGUGUUGGCCCUGAGCGCAUCUGCGUUUCAUCCGAUGCUCGCGAUGGGUAGCGCUCAUGGGGAGGUCAAGCUGGCCAAUACGUUAAGAACCUUCAGGCGGACGCAGAGGAAUCACUUGCCGGUGUAUCAGCAGGUGGUGGAUCGAUCGACGGGAGUGUUGACGGUGAGACAUCAGUUGUUGCCCGAGAUCGCUAAUCAGGCGGAAGGGAAGAGUUGGCAUUUGGCACAGUGGCAUCCGGCACUGGCGGUGACGAGCGUGAAGUGGAACCCGAACUUGGGCCGGUGUAGAUUGUUGCUCUCGGGGACGGCGAGUGGGAUGGUCAAGGUGGAUUUUGUCAAACCGCCGUUCGAGGCGUGA